CCGCGCACCCACCCCGCACGUCGCCCGCCAUCGCUUUCCGCUCACCUCACCACCACCCUCCUCUGCUUCCGCUGCCGCUCGACUCGACUCAACUCGACGCCGCCGUUGUUAUUACCCAACCGUCUCAUCUUCCCCGCCUCCACCUUCCCCUCCCCCCCACGCGCGGCACGGAAACACACACAUCUCUCUCUCUCUGUAGUCUGACGGGAACCGACCGACCGAUCGGCUUCGUUCUUGGCUGGCCAGGCCAUGCAUCAUCGGCGGCCGGAGUUCAGCUUCCAGGCAGGCUCGGCGUCGCCGGCGCGCGGGGGACUACCGCCGCGGCCGCCGGCGAGCAACCCGAUACCGGCGCCGCGGUACGGGGACGAGGAGGAGGAGGAGGUGCGGUGGCUGCAGGCGUCGCUGCAGGCCUCGCCGGAGACGAACUACUGCAGCUCUGGCGGGUCUGGGUCCGGGUCGGGCACGCCGUCGCCGCAGCUGUGGACGCAGGCGCAGUCGCAGUCGCACCACCACCACCACCGGCAGUACCCGGCGUCGGCGGGGAGCUCGCCGUCGCGGGCGCAGGCCAUCGCGGGGUACCGCCGCGAGAUGCUCGACCUCGUCCGGGGCCUCCCCGAGUCCGCAUACGAGCUCUCGCUCCGCGACAUCGUCGAGCACCACCCGUCGCCCCCGUCCCCGCCUCGCGCUCCUCCGUCUCCCUCUCCUCCACCGCCGCCUACCACCGCCGGGAGGCACCACCACACAACCCGCGCUGCUGUCGCCGUCCCCGUCCCCGCGGGUGCGCAGGAGAAGAAGGACGAGCCCGCCGUCGUCGCGGCGGCGACGGACGCCGAGGACGGCGGCGGCAAGAAGAAGCAGGGGAGGAAGCAGAGGACGAUGAUGCGGAAGCAGCGGAGCCGGAACCUGGAACGCAGCGUCAGCCUCGACACCGGCUUGCUCAUCAAGCUCUUCCUCCCGCUCUCCAUGGGCGGCGGCAAGAAGAAGAAGGUCUCGCCCAAGCCCGACGACGGCAAGAAGAAGAAGAAGAAGAAGCAGGGGAAGAAGGAGGCGGUGCCGGUGCCGGUGCUGGUGCCGGCGGCCGCGGCGCAGGAGGAGGAGUGGUGGACCAAGAGCGAGUUCAGCGAGGCCGGGAGCAGCAGCCGGACCAGCAGCACCGGCAGCAGCAAUAGCAACAGCAGCAGCGCCGCCAGCGUCAGGAAUGUCGUCAAUGGCGGUGCCAAUCCCAGAGCGCCGGUUAGGAGUUGGAGCAGAAAGCGGACUGGGUGCUAUGCUUUCUUCAGGGCAAACAAGGGCAAAAACGGAGUGAACCAAGACUAGAAUGAUGACGACAAAGGCCACCAUGAAAAGGGAAAAUGCUUCUCCGGUGAAAUGUUCAUGGAAACCAUCAGCACUGUCACACAGCACAAAGAAGUUCAAGCAAGCAACAAAUCUUCAUACCUAAAUUGAUGCUAUUCAGUGCCUGAUUUUUGUACACAAAUAUCGGCAAUUUCGUCCUUUUCUUUCAAUUUGGCAUGUGAUCUUCAUGGUAUAAACAAAAGGACAUGUAAUGUGUAGUAGCAUACAAUAGUUUGACUGGUUCACACUUCAUAGAGAACAUCAAUAUGGACAGGAUACUGGAGCUAGUGACACCAAUGAAUACUUGCAAAUUCUCAUGUAUUUUCUUGACUCGGUCACAUUCUCUCAUGUACUAUCUUCUAUUUGUACAUAUCGUAUGACAUAUUCUGGUUACUGAGACAAACUUCAGGGCUAAUGUACAUUCUUUGUCAGUUGUUGUGAAUAGAAAACAGAAGUGGUGGACGAUGAUGACGCAUCAGCGCACCAUUUUUUUUA